AUGUCAGGAAUCAUGGAUAUAGGCGAGCACUGUGCCUACUGUCGCCAGUUGGACUUUCUUCCUUUUGCGUGUGACGGCUGCAAAAAGGUAUUCUGUGCGUCUCAUAGAACCCAAUUGCAACACCAUUGUCCGGUUCUCUUGGACAAGCUGCCAAGUCCGCCAGUUUCUUCAUCGCUGGAGCGAACCAAAGGGCUGGUUUCGGCCCUUUUUCCGGACCGGAGCCAAGAUCGUGAAAAACUUGAAAAAUCGUUGAGCGCACCAAAGAAGCCCACCACUAUAAAAGAGACACAGUUUCGCGUAGGGGACGUGGCGGCGACCACCAACAAUGCUUUCAGCAAGCUCAAGGUUCUAUUUGGAGCCCAGAAAGAGAAAAAGAAAUCGGCUGCAAAACGGUCUCGAACGGUGGAAAUUCUACAACUACGUAAAGCUGCUCAUGGAGAUCCCAAAGUAAAGCCAGUGGACCGUGUGCACGUGUGGUGUUUGUAUGUUGAUGCCCACGGCGAUAUCGAAACAACCAAGAAAAUUGACGUGGAAAAGCAACGACAAGCGAUUUGGUUCUCGAAACAGUGGCCGGUGGGAAGAGCCAUUGAUGCUUUGGCGGAGAGUUUACGGGUCAAAAAUGUCAACAACAGCACCAGCGACGGGCUACAGCGGCUAGCGAUGUUCACCAUGGCCCAGGACCAGCCGCAACUCGUGGCGGCUAGCGAAAGAUGCAGUAGGUUCCAAGACGGCGACACGGUGUAUUUGGUGAGAGGCGGAUGA